CAUAUUUAAAAUGAAGCUGAUUAUUUUAUGCAGUAUUGUCGCCCUGGCCGCGGCAGCCCCAGCCGAAGUGCAGCUCCGACGCUUCGAGCAGUCUGACGGAACCAGACGGGAGAGCCGAGGCGUGCUUAAGAACGAAGGUCGUGAGGACGCAUUCGUGGCGCUGGCUGGCUCGUACGAGUGGGUGGGGCCCGAUGGCAUGUGCUACGUCGUGCGCACCGCCGACGACGACGAGUACCAGCCGCAGGUCGAGCAGGAACAACCUGCACAACCAGAACAGCCAAGAGAACCAGGCUCACCCCCAUUUCUCCACUCUAGCCUUGUGGGGAAAUAG